CGAAAAUCGGGAUGCUCGAAGCGUCGCGUCUCACUGCGGAUAUACCCGAAUGCUCAACGGUCCCGUGAUACGUUCGUGACUUCGGACCGUUAUUUUCAACUGGUCUCAGGUCACAAAGCCCGUUUGGCGGUCGCCAAUUCUUAAAGGGGAAUCUCAACAUUUCUCCAAGAGCAAAAGUGCCUUGUCUCGCACUUCACAACCUGGAGCGCCUUCGACCAUGGCCAUUUCUACUCCGCCGGAUGGCCCUUCCUUGCACUUUGAGACCGUAGGAGUGCAUGCAGGCCUCAUUCGAUCCGAAAAUGGUGUUAAAGACGCUCCAAUUUAUGCCUCUACGUCUUUCAACUUCAAUAAUAGCGCACAUGGAGCAGCUAUUUUUAAUAUGACGGCAGAGGCGUUUUGCUAUAGCCGCAUCGGGAAUCCUACGGUCGACGUUUUCGAGAAACGAAUGGCAGCAUUGGAACAUGGAGAGGCGGCUCUGGCAACGUCAUCUGGUCAAGCAGCUCUAUUCAUGACCACCACGGCAUUGGCACAGGCUGGUAGCAACAUUGUUGUAGCAUCGAGUUUGUCGGAAUCGUCUGCGAAUCAGUUCAGACAUCGAUUGCCGCCUUUGGGUAUCACAGCUCGAUUCAUCGAAAAUGGCCAGAUCAAUCACGUGGAGAAGGCGAUUGAUGAGCAUACAAAGGCUGUAUUUGUGGAGAGUAUAUCAAGCACUGACCUUCUUAUGUCUGACAUCAAGGCUCUGGCAGCUGUAGCCCAUAAUUUAGGCGUCCCCCUCGUCGUUGACAACACCGCAGGAGCGGGAGGGUUUCUUCUUCGUCCCAUCGAUCACGGAGCAGAUAUCGUCAUUGCUUCAGCAGCAGAAUGGCUCAGCAUUUCUGGCUUGAACUCAGCAGGCAUCAUCAUUGACAGUGGCAGAUUUGAUUGGGCGAAGAACAAAAGCCGUUUCCCACAAUUCUUCGAGCCCUCUCCUGGAUUCCACGGUCUAAAAUUGUUUGAGAAGUUUGGGAAUCUUUCAUUCAUAUCGUUUUCAAGAGCGGCCAUUAUGCGGGAUACCGGUCCCUGCUUGAACCCAUUCGAAGCAUUCCAGUUGCUCUCGGGACUCGAAACCCUUUCCGUGCGCAUUGAGAGGAAUUCGAUCAAUGCUUUACAACUUGCAAUUUGGUUGGAGAGCCAUGAGAAGAUUGGUAACGUAGGACAUCCGGGUCUCGCCUCAAAUCCAUUGUACCACGUGAGCACAAAAUACUUGAAUCGUAAUUAUGGUGGGGCGCUUUACUUUACGCUGAAGUCUUCCGAAGAUUACUUUGCCUUAAUUACUAAGAAAUUCAAACUCGUUUCUCCUAGUGGAAGUAUUGGGGGAAGCAAGACGGUAUUCAUCCUGAGAGAGCAUUUCGAGGGCGACCCAGAACCAACACGACUCUAUGUCUCUGUGGGACUUGAAAACAUUAAGGAUAUUAUAGCAGACUUUGAGCAGGCACUGGUCUAGCAGUCAUGAAGCGUUGCCGUCUUGGUGUUAGAGUUGGCGUGACUUUGACAGACAAAAGUAUAGAUGGAGGAGUUAGCAAAAAUGAAUCGGAAUAGGGCUUUAAUUGGCACUCCAGAGCAGUGCCCAAACUUAACUUGCUUGAUUU